CCUAUCCAAUGUAGGCAGUUCACAGCAACAUUCCUUUAUAUUUUCACGUGAAAUUUGUUUAGAAUUUUUGUUUUUAUUGUUAAUUUAGUGCGUGUGAAGUGGUGUUUUUUAAUGGCGUAAGAUUUGAAUUAAACAUAAAAUCAAUUUAUCUAUUACUUCUAAAGGUGAUUAAUCUAAUAAAAGAUGCAGAGUUGACAUAACGUUGUUGGUGUGAUAAUGAAACUGAAAGUGGACAUGUAUGCGUUUUCGUCUAUGUUGCUCUUGCUGUUGCGGAUAUCAAGUGCUGGUAGAGUCCAGGCUGCUGUCAGUUUUCUAUCAAACGCAUCAUAUCAAGAAAUGGAGUUUAAAGGGGAAACCAGUCUCUCUCUUAGUGACAUAUUACCCGUUGAAGCCAAGUAUUACGACAAGAACAGGGCUCCAAAGUCCCUCGGCGAGCCUACAAUUGUCUAUUUCCAUGUCACUGUAUUGUCUUUGGAUUCUAUCAAUGAAGAGAGUAUGACAUACGUAGCAGACAUAUUUCUGGCGCAGUCCUGGCGGGAUCCACGGCUACGACUCCCGGAGAACAUGCACGAGGAGUAUCGAAUCCUGGACGUUGAGUGGCUGAACAAUAUCUGGCGACCAGACUGCUUCUUCAAGAAUGCGAAAAAAGUCACUUUCCACGAAAUGAGCAUCCCGAAUCAUUAUCUGUGGCUGUAUCAUGACAAGACUCUUCUGUAUAUGGCUAAAUUGACUCUGGUCCUGUCGUGUGCAAUGAAGUUUGAAUCGUAUCCCCAUGACACUCAAAGCUGUUCUAUGAUGAUAGAGAGCUUAUCGCACACGGUACAUGAUCUGGUGUUUAUAUGGAAUCUGACUGAUCCGCUUGUCGUCAAUCCAGAAAUAGAGCUGCCACAGCUGGAUAUAUCAAACAAUUAUACUUCUGAUUGCACUAUUGAAUAUUCUACAGGCAAUUUCACCUGUCUAGCAAUCGUAUUCAACCUUCGUCGACGCCUGGGCUAUCACCUCUUCCACACUUACAUACCGUCAGCGCUGAUCGUUGUCAUGUCCUGGAUAUCAUUCUGGAUUAAGCCGGAAGCCAUCCCCGCACGGGUCACUUUGGGAGUCACUUCACUUUUGACAUUAGCGACACAAAACACGCAAUCUCAACAAAACCUACCUCCGGUCUCAUAUGUCAAGGCCAUAGAUGUUUGGAUGUCUUCCUGUUCGGUUUUCGUCUUCUUGUCUCUUUUCGAGUUUGCUGUGGUCAACAAUUAUAUGGGUCCAGUAGCGACGAAGGUCAUGAAGGGGUAUUCUGAUGAAGAUCUUUCGAGAGAUUUGGAUGCGUUCAAGCACAUUUUCCCAACUUCAGUGGAUCCUCGCGCCAGUACAUCGGCCUCGCUCCCGCAAUACGACACAUUCUGUAACGGGAGAGAGACGGCUGUAUACAUCGAUCGCUUCUCCCGAUUCUUCUUUCCGUUCUCCUUCUUCAUUCUCAACGUUGUUUAUUGGUCUACGUUCUUGUAGUUUCUUGUAAAUACUUGAAGGUUAUAUUGUUGCAGCUUAAACACCAAAAACUCUGUGAAUAAGUAGAAAAGAAUGAUGAAUAUUUAACGUUAGAUUGAAUACUAGAUGACCCGGUGAACUUCGUAUCACCUAAAUCUAAUAUAUAAAAUUCUCGUGUCGCGGUGUUUGUAGUUAAACUCCUCCGAAACGGCUUGACCGAUUCUCAUGAAAUUUUGUGUGCUUAUUGGGUA